UUCUAGGAAUUAUAAAUUGUCUUUGUAACCAGUAAUCUGUAAAAUGAAUAUAACACCAAUAGUUCAAAAGAAUUAUCAGUUUUGCUGAAAAAUGUAUUCUUAGUAGUACAAUUUUUAAUUGUAAUUCGUUAUUUUCUAAUUUAACUUUAAAUUAAUGAUACUUAGCAUACAUAUGGUAUAAAACUAAAAAUUAACAUAUUUUUGGAUUUUAUUCUAUAAAUUACAGUAAAAUUAACAUAGUUUUAAUUAUUAAUUUAAAGAUUAAAAAUAUUGAAGCGAUUAUUAUCAAAACUGAGAAGUAUAGUGAGACAAGAGUUGUUUGAUAUUUGUUCCUAAAUUUUAUGGAUCUCUUUAAUUUUUAACUUAACAAUAUGGCUCGAGAACCUGUUAUAGUUCAUGUCUAUGAUAUGUAUUGGAUAAAUGAGUAUACUACACAUAUGGGAUUAGGUGUAUAUCAUUCAGGUGUUGAAGUAUAUGGACUAGAAUAUGGAUAUGGUGGACAUGAUGGACCAGAUUCAGGGAUUUUUGAUAUGAUUCCAAAAGACAUGAAUGAAUUAGGAUUCCAUUACAGAUAUAGAGAGUCUAUACAUGUCGGUACAACAGAUUUCACUGCUGCAGAUGUAAAGAGAAUAUUAGCUGAAAUGGGAAAAGAUUUUCGUGGAGAUCGUUACCAUUUAAUGAAUAAGAACUGUAAUCACUUUUCUGGACAACUAACUAAAAUUUUAUGUGGUCAGGAUAUUCCUAGUUGGAUUAAUAGACUAGCAUAUGUUAGUACUUGUAUUCCCUUUUUUCAAAGAUGUUUGCCUAAAGAAUGGUUGACUCCCAUUUCUUUACAAAAAAGUUUGUCUAGAAGAAAAUCUGAUGCUUCAACAGAACAAUUGAACCCUUAAAGAAUACACAUACACUAUAAAACAAAAAAUACAAAUAAAUAUUGUAUGUGCCAUUUGUUAUAUUACGCCCUUUAGUUCAACUAUGAUGUAUAAACUUUUUUUUUUAAUCUGCUGUACUAUAUGUCUAAAAAUAAGAUCGGUUAUUUAUUAUAUACACUAAAAUAUAAAAUAAAUAUUGUAUGGUUUUUAUUUAAAUUUAGUGGAUUUUAAAUUUUUUAUUGAAACAUUUUUAUUAUUAUUGUUUAUAUAUACAUGUAAUACAUAACUUACAUUAUGUUAUAUCAUGAUUAAUUAACAACUUGAACUAAAAUUUAAAAAGAUCAGAUUAUUUGGCAACUAAGAUAAAAUAAAGGAUAUUAUAAAUUUCAGCUUCGACGCGAAGUUGAGAAGGUAUUCAUUUUACUAUAA